AUGUAUUCUAUCAAGUCUGUUCUACUCUUUGCCGGAGCGGCCCUUGGCCACUCUCUCUCCGCACGUGAGGAGGGUCGCCGCUGUGGUACUGCACAACCCUCCGCUGAGUUCGUCGAAACCUCUCGAGAAUUCUCUGUGAAAGAAGCUUCGGCUCGGCUAUCCGGUCUCGCUACGUCGGCUGCCUUGUCAGUCGAUGUCUACUUGCACACUGUUGCUGGUUCGACAGCCAAUCUCUUAUCCGAUGCUACUCUCCAAGCCCAAUUUGACGUUCUGUAUGACAACUUUUCCCCAUACGGCAUUACUCUCAACUACGCGGGCAGCAGCAAGACAGUGAACUCGGCUUGGUCCCAGGACAGGAAUGAGCUGACUAUGAAGCGCGCUCUCCGUAAAGGUUCCUAUGCGGCACUCAACUUCUACUUCCUUGACUACCUUAGUGGCUACCUUGGAUACUGCUACUAUCCAACCACAGCCAGCACUGGCUCAACUGCUUUUUACACGGACGGCUGCUCCAUCCUGGCCACCACCGUACCCGGUGGAUCGGCUGCACCAUAUAACUUGGGCAAGACAGCAACCCACGAAGCUGGACACUGGUUCGGACUGAUUCACACCUUCGAGGACGGCUGCAACGUCGGUGAUGAAGUCGAUGACACUCCAGCCCAAGCCAGUGCUUCAUCAGGAUGUCCCGUUGGACGCGACUCUUGUCCUAACCACCCUGGCCUGGACCCAAUCCACAACUACAUGGACUACUCUGACGAUGUUUGCUACGAGGAGUUUACUCCAGGACAGAUCGCCCGUGCUGAGAGCAUGUGGGCACGUUACCGUGCUUAG